GUAUGAUUCAUGUAGUAAGUCCAUCACACACAGAGACAGGCGCACACAUUUGUAUGUAAAAAGAGUUGCCUCUCUUAUGUAGACGGCGCUUUUUUUUUUACCUAGUACACCGAGGAUGAAGUGGUACACAAUUAUUGUAGGAGUGCUGACUUGCCUCUGUGUAGCUGAGGCCUGCAAUCAAGCUUUGUGUGCACCACUGGUUAGCAAGUGUUUGCUGAUCAAAUGUUGUGAAUGUGAAAUGAAACCAAGGGAUGCAAAAAACUGCACAUGUUGCAGAGCUUGCCAGGUGUGCUUGGCAAAAUUGUACACAGAGUGCUGUUCAUGUGUGGGGCUGUGUCCACCUCCCGAUCCAGAUGAUGGCAUGUACCAAACAAGCUCAAUUGAAAAUUUACCUGACCCCAUCCCAGACCUGUUUGCAGUGCUGACUGAAGAGGAGGAUGCUCAGAAGCGCUGGACAACACACACCUAUUCUUUUAACCUGGACAACCUUCUCUUCAAACCAGGAACUGGCCAUACGACUGAACUUGAAACAGCUUACAUUGACAAAGGUACUACAGGAGAGAAUACUGAACAACCUGCUUCAACAAUAGAUCCAGCUACAGGCGUUAUGGGUAUUCAUAACUGUACUGUAGCUUUUUUUUCACAGUGCAUGUCCAUUCGCAAGUGCAAGACAUCGUGCAAGUCAAUGGGUGCUGCCAAGUAUCGUUGGUUUCAUGAAGCUGGCUGUUGCCAGUGCAUUGGCAGCACAUGUAUUGACUUUGGUCUGAAUGAGCCCCGUUGUCUGAACUGUCCCCCUGGUGUGCACACUGAAGUGGAUCUGGAGAACACGGACACGCAUCUUAUCUAUGAUGAUUUUACUGAGAAUGGCAAUAGUGUAGAAAUUGAAGAUAACUCUGAGAACCUUAAAUCACAAGCAGGUAUUGCAUCUGUUUCAGACCAUGUUUAAAAGAGUUUUAGCUGAUGCAGUUUUGGAGUUUAUUUUUAAAAUGUUUUGUACAACAGCACCUUUGUGUUACUGCAGGAUAAAGUCAACAUGCAUAUUUGUUGCCAGUUGGGAGGUUUAAAAAAGAAAAGGUGAAUUUGUGGAACCGUCCAUUUGCAUUUAUUUUCAUUUUUAACCUUUAGUAUUAGGCAUGAUUAACAGGAGAUCGUAAAUGACCAAAGCGUUAAGAGUAACAAACUAUUUUUCUAAUGUAUUUAAACAGAUUCUGUCUGUUUAAAAAAUGUGUGGUAUGUGUCCUUUUAAAUCUCUUUAAAAUACUGGUUUAGUAAACACUUUUUUAUUGGCAUUUAAAUAAAGAUGCAAAAAAAGUAAAUUUCAGUGAAAGCAUUGUUUAAAAAUAAUAUUACUUCAGUUAUAUACAUUUGCACUGUCAUCGUUUUAGAAUAAUGAAUUAGCUUGUAACAUCUAAUAUUAAAAUGGUGACUUUUAUUUUUCUAUUAUCACUUUAGUCACUUGUUGCUAGUGUUUCAAAUUUUGCAGUAAAUUAAACCAGUUGACAUUAGUGUAUUAUAUUGGUAACAUUUAAACAAAAAGGAAAACAAUGCCUUAAGUUUGGUAAAUGUUGGGUUUACUUGGUAAUGUUAUUUUGGUUGUGAAAAACAUAGUAAUGUUUAUUUGUCUAUUAUAUCAAUGGCUUAUGGCCAUUUGAAGAAGUUAGUUUUUAUAGAUCAGGUCAAGCUUGGGCAGACAGAUGCUAAAACUUAUACGUGUAUGCAUAUCAACUUUUGUUUGGUUUAGGCACAAAUAUCCUUUAUCUUUAAAUAGGAUGAUAAAGCAUAGAUUGUACAACAAAUUUGACAGUAAAGAACUUUUUCGGUUUGCCGAUUGUUAUUGAGCUGGGAAGACAGGUCAACAAUUUCAUAUGAACUGUUGAAGAAGAAAUAUAAGAAUAUGCCAUCCACUUCUAAUGGCAUAAAAAUAUUAAUCCGUUUUAAGCUGCAUACAAUGUGUGCUAUUGCCAACAGUUAGCAUUAUCGAAACUGAUGUUUAAGUGGGUUCUUUCAUAUUUAAAAAGAGAAUUAAAUCGGUAGAUGUUGCAGUCAAAUACUGUUUGAAACGUCAGAUUUAAAGCUAGCUGAAUCGUUAACUGUUUUUUAAACCAUGGAUCUAUUUGAUGCCACCACUUUGGUUUAUUUGGCUUGACUCCGUGCAUCACUUUAUCAAAAUCAGUAGAGAUUUGGUAACAGGGUAGAGACUUGAAUUGAACAAUUUAGUUUAGUGGAGGGAAAUUUACAGUCUAUUCAAGAUCUGUGCUAAAGUGUUCAGAUAAUGAGGUUUUAUCCUGCCAUACCAUGGCACUGAUUUUAUGCUUGGUCUUUGUAAGAAAAAAGUGAAUUUUGUUGAAUUCCUCACUUUAGAAAUUGCAUUUAUGAACAAAAUGUGCGUUGAACAUAAUCGUUUUUGAGAAAUUGCUUUUUCUUCAAUUAUGUAUGUAUAAUAUAAUGAUUUACAUCAUUAUCAGUGUUUGCAGAAGCCUUGUAAUGCAUUUUUCUUUUUUUAAUUUGAAGGUACUUUGCUGGAAAUCUGGUUUAUAUUUAAUAUCAGGGCCGUGCUUAGGGGCAGGCGGACGAGGCAUCUGCCUAGGGCCCCGCGCUUUUGAUUGAUAUAAAUUAAUCGUAGGCUUCUGUUGUAAUGUGUAUGCAGCGUCCUGUCAA